UGGUAGAUUUUCUAAUGUAUGGAAGUAUCGCUGCCAUAAAAUUUGAACUAUUUUUUACUAUAUACUGCAUCCAUUUGUUUUCCUCCCGAAGAACGACGGUUCGUAGUUUUUAACUGGGGAUAUUAAUUUGUUUCCGUGGAGCAUGAUUCUUUUCGAGGUGAGUAUUGUUAUUGUUUAUAAAACCAGUUAAAAUUGUUGAAGAAUGUACCUCAUAACAGAUCAACUGUGGUACAUGGUUUCUUUGCUGGAGCGUCGUCUAUUGGACAGAAUCUCCUCUUUCAUCUUUCCCAAUCUAUGCAGAGUUCUUACUCUUUUAGUCGUGAAUUUAUGAUAAAUGUCUUAAUUUUGCUGCAUCAUGCAAUGUAGCAUUUUAGACGCACUUCCUGAUGGUUUAGGGACCAAAAUGUUCGAUCCUUCCUACAAAUAUCAGAGGUGGUUCACCUGGCCGCUAAGCUGUUUUAGUGUUCUUGUCUGAUGGUUGUUCCCUUUGUUUUCUAGGAUAGAAAGUUCUGAUCCAUGUUUUCCAUCACCUGCUCUCACACUUCGUUCGCAUUUGGCUUUGAUAAUGCAAAUGACAAAAAAAAAAGAUCACUGGUUCAUUUCACCUACUUUCUUUUCUAUUUCUUUUACGAAGAAAGUGCUCCAUUGACCUUUCACUGACAUGCCACUGCUUGUGUCCUUAUUGCCACCUGGUCAAUCGAAAAUGCCAUCUUUUUUUUUAUUUUUUUUUAAAAAUCAAAUUAUUAUUCACAUUGGUUCCAUAUGUUAUAUGAUUAUUUUCUGCUUUCUGACAAUCCUAAUCAUCAAACUUCCUUUCAGACAUCGGAUUCAUAUUCCAGGUUUUAUUUUGUCAUUCAAGUAGAGUUUAAUUGGGAGUUUAAAAAAGAUGAUGGUGCAACGAGGCCACAUUGUGUUGUAUGUGUUUAUGUACAUCUUUUCAAGCAAAAUUCUUUUGAGUUAUUUUUUUCUGUAGAUCACUUGACUUACAUCCCUUUUGUGAUAGUACCUUUAAUCUUUUUUCCUUUGAGACCAUUGGUGUCCCCAGCUUGCAAUUUGAACCAAAAGGAAUAAAGAUAUAAAUAUUUCUAAGUGCAGAGUAUUUUCUUUUUAUUUAACUGUCUUUUCUGUUCACACUACUUUUGGCUGAAUGUUAUCUGAGUGCAUGUUUCUACACGCAGGCCCAGCAUGAAUUCUUGAUGGAAAAAUGUCUGCAAGAAUGGUACCAGGUGCUUCUCAAAGGACUGAGAGGCUGUUGAAGUUUACACAUUCAUUUCCAUCUGGGUAGAUUGCCCAUAAUGUUCCUAAACAAUACAAAAGCACUAGCACUGGUUACUGCAAACGACCUCAUCUAUGCCUGUGAAUGAAGUUGCUGAGAGGAUCCAUAACUUUACUGAGCAAGACAGCCUCUCUCAAAUUCUUCAAUCUCAAGUACAAGAAAGUUGGCCAGCUUUAAACAACAAUCUGUCGGUUGGUACCCAAAGGCAGAAGGGAGUUCUUCAUAAUUUUGAUUCAAAGAACUACAUUGCUCAUUCUUCAGGUGUGAACUUAUAUUUAUCCAGUGAAUUGCCUUUUCUGUUACCUGGAUUGGGAACCUCAGUAUCUCCAAAAGAUUGCUAAAAGUUCAGUCUAGUUGCAACAUGUGAUUGUUUGUUAAUUUCUUCAUCUGUGUUUUGUACAUCUUUCUCUGCAUUUUUGGCAGACUGACUUGCAAAGUGAAAUGAAGAAAUCAAAUUAUUUUGAUAUCUUCUCAUUGAUUUGAUUGAACAAAUAGGAAGCUUCCUUUUGCAAUUUCAUGUAUAGCUAUUUGUGAUUGGUCUGCUUUUGACAGAGUCUGAGCAGGGAAAUGGCAGACAGUCUUUGCGAGUGCCUUUUGGCACAAAUUUGAUGCAGCCAACCCUAAACUGAGAAUGUGCUAGAAACCAAUCUAGAGGCCAAGAAUUCAACUCAAAUGGAUCUAUGCAUGGUUCUCAUGGUCUUUACCCAAGUUCCAGUCAAGUGGGGUUUCUAAGGGAUGGAACAACUUCUGAUAGUCAUAGUCUACCACUGAGAGGCUUACAGACUUUUGAGUUGCAGCAGGGAAAGGCUCCUGAAUAUGGCUCUGGUCUUAAAAGAAGUUCAGAGAGGUCUGAUGUAGUUGAAGCUUCUGCAAAUUUUCGUUUUUUUGGUGGUCAACAACAGCUCCUUAUGAGCCAACACCCAGGACUAUCACAACCUAGCUCUAGGCAGCAGCAAGGAUUUAAAGAUAUGCAAUUAUGGCAACAACACUUGAUGCACAAACAGCUACAAGAGAUUCAGAGGCAGCAGCAACUUCAGCAAUUGGACCAGGGGGAAAGGCCAUGGAGUUUACAUGCUCAGCUACCUGGAGUUGCAAGACAAGCAGUUGUCGAUCAGUUUCCAGGUGUGCUGAAUGGCAUGCCUGUUGGUGAUUCAUCUAAUUACAUGUGGUCAAAUGAGUGUUCGGAAGGUGAAUUGAAGACUCCAAGCAGCUCUCAUAUGCUCCUUGCUGGGAGUAUGAGCAUCGCUCAGUGUAGUGGUUCUUCCAUGCAUGGAAUUUCAAAUGAGCUUACAUUUUCACAUGACCAGGGUCAAUUAAUGCGACCUUUGGGAUUUGUUUCACAACUUGAUCAAUCUUUGAAUAGGACUCCUGUUUCCUACAUGCGAGGCUUUUCAAUUUAUUUCUCCCAGUUCCAAGGAAUGUCUCAUGAUUGCACUGAUGCAUUGAUCAAGGCAGAUGGGAACGAGGCAGAGAAGUCAUCAAUUCAGUCAUCUGCACUAAAUUGUUUUCAAAGUGAUCAUUUUAUGGUUCCUGAGCAGGGAUGCUUACAGGACAGUGUUUUGAUUGCUAAGCAGGCAUUUCAAGGAAAGGGUUCAUUUGCGACUGCUUCAGUGCAAGGUUCGAAUGUCAUUGCCACAUCAGGUAACUGUCGCCGGACAGAUCAUGCCUCACGUAAUUUGCAGGCUCAAGAAUUUCAAGGUAGGCAGGAAGAAAAUGAUUGGUCAGGAAGCUUACAAGAAGAGGCAAUGAUGCAGAUAAAGCCUUCUUGUGGUGGAUCUAGUCUAGGUCCGACAGAAGAAAAACAACUGUUUGGUGCAGAUGAUGAUGGCAAUUGUGCUUCUUCUUUUGGAAGUAGUAUCACAAACUCAACAGGUUUUCUGCAUGAUAAACCUUUGGAAAGUAAUGACCAUUUUGGUGCAUUUCCUUCUAUUCAAAGUGGGAGCUGGAGUGCUCUUAUGCAAGAGGCUGUGGAAGCUUCAAGCAGCAAUUCUGGACUACAUGAAGAGUGGAGUGGCUUGAGUUUCCAGAAAACGGAUCUAUCGAGUGGGAACAGGUCUGCUGCAUUAAGUGAUAAUGGAAAGCAGCAAACGAUGUGGGAUGAUAGCAAUCAGCAGAGUGCAUCAUCUAUGACCUCAAGACCUUUUGCUUUGUUUAAUGAUGCUGAUGCCAGCUCAAAUUGCCAUACAGCCCCUAGUUUUCCGCACCCUACUCCAUUUGCAUAUAAACUGAAUGAGAGAGUAUCAACUGAUGCUUCCCAUGAGUCCAUUCAACAACCAUCAAAAGAAGCUAGUGAUGAGCAUCUAGAUCAGAGUCACCAGCAAAAGCAAUCUGUAGGGGAAACCUUUCAGGCACAAAUGCACUUGGAUAAUGUGUCUAACUGUGUUCAGGAAGGACAGAUGUAUCAACAGUCGGUAAACUUUGCACAAUCUACAGGCAUGGAGUUGAACUUGCAGAACAUGCAGGCUUUGGUUCACCAACAGAAGAUGCCUUUGCCUAAUGUAAAUAGCCAGCUUAGUAACAAGCCAAAUGGAUGGAACAUCAAUGCGUCGCUGUCUCCUGAUAAAUUAAAAGCCCAUGAUAAUAAUGUCACGAAUCAAGAUGCUAAUUUUCAUAUGGAAAAGAAUUAUGACAGCAGUAUUUGGAAGGUUGGUAGAAAUGAAGCAGCUGUAUCCUUCCCUAACUUUUCUGGUGGGUUACAGCCCGUUAGAUCUGACAGUGGCAAUCCUAUAUUGAGCAAGGAUGAUGCCUGUAUGGGUGACUUUGCUGCUAUUACAACUUCAAGCACCUUGACAUUUAAUCAGGAAAUAAAUCAUCAGGUUCUUAACAGGCGUCAGGGUGAUCAUGGAAAACAUGUUGCUGUUGACUCUUCUGUGAAAUAUAAAGGAGAUGAAAAUUUUACAAAAUAUCAAAAUCAGUUAACUAUGGGUCAACAUGCUUGGGACUCAUCCUUAAAUAAUACUGACCAAGGAUCAAGUGAAAAAUAUAACAACAAACAAGAAAAUAGCCUCCCAGAAGAGGUUGCUAAUGAAGGCUAUGAUUACAGACCACCACAUCCCACCCUGCCUGCUGAUCCAGGAGGUUGUGCAAGAGAGAAUUUAGCUGGAAAUGAAUACCAUCCUUUGGAGAUCAAUGGCCAAAAAUUGCCUGGCCAAUCUAGUUGGAAAAUUUUGGGGCCUCACAGGUUUCAGUAUCACCCCAAGGGAAAUUCGGGGAUGAAUAUGGAAACUGAUUCCCAAAAUGACAGAGCAUAUUCUCAGAGCACUUCCCACUUGGUAGUUCAAGGUUUGAAGAAUCAGGAGCAACCUGGACAUUUUGUUGAAUACAGUGCUGUUCAUAUGGGAAAGGGGCACUUAAUUGGUACACAAAGGAGUGCAAACGAAACUGAAGAAAUACAAUACGAAGGCCCCAUUCCUGGCCAUGACUCUGAUUUGCCUUCAUUUGAUGGAUCAGCUUUUCAUUUUUCUCAGAAUAGAUGUGCUGGCCGGUCAAGUCAAAAUAUGCUUGAUCUUCUUCACAAGGUGGAUCAAUCAAGGGAAAGAAACACUGUUGCAUGUUUCAGUGAUUCUGAUCAUAGUGCAGCAUCUGAGAUCCCUGAGUCAGCGGCAUCUGAUGGUUCUGCUCAUCUUCAGCAUAUCCAUUCAUCUGUCUUGAAAGGGUUUGGUUUAAAAUUGGCUCCACCAUCUCAAAGAAAACCACUUUCAAACCAUUACUUGCCCUCACAGACUUCGUUACAAGCAUUAAAUGAUUGCGAUCCAAAGGAUCUGGACUCAGGGGCAGGAGACAAAGAUCAGAUGUGGUUGACAUCGACAUCCACCACUAGAAUCCCAUCUAUCCCUCCACAUGAAACAUCUGAGGGAGAAAAUUUGGAUAAUGAGUCAGGUAUAUCUGGACAGGCUAGCAAGUCAAGUAUUUAUGAAAACUCCUUGUCUCCCUCCUCACUUCCAUAUGCAUGGAACAAAGAUAUCUCUAAUGCAAAUGAACUAGCAUCAAUGGACUAUUCAGCAAGACCUUUUGGAAGCCAAGCUGAUGAAGAUGGUCAUAGCAAACACACCUCUCAUCUUAAUGUGACCAAUGACUCAAUUGGUGGAGCUUUAGCUGAUCAAUCUGCUCAGGUCUCACUACCUAGUGUGGAUGCCAGAGUUUCCUCUUCCAGACUUGUGUCCUCUGCUGACACUUAUGCACUCUUUGCUUCGCAGGUUUAUUUGCUAGAUUCAGGGCAUUCUCAGCUGAUUAAUGCAAAUAUUCAUGUAAUAAAUUCAGGCCAACAACUCUCUCUUGCGGAAACAAAAUCAAUUGAGCAGCAUUCUGCUACAGCAGGCUUUUCUCAACAAGGUGGUUUUUCAACAAUGCUACAUAAUGUAUCGCCAAGUAUAUCAUCCCAACAACGCCUAGCUGGAGCCCAGCCUCAAAAGACAGUGCCCAUUGUAAAUCAGUCUACAAGUCCAUUACCUAGCAUGAGGGUCACAAAUUCUUGUACCAUGCAUAUGACUGUUGAUGACAGAAACAGGAGAGGACCAAGUGCUCCAUGUGAGUUUGGUGCAUCUUCUAUUGAUUCCUUGGAUGCUGCUCCGAUGAAAGGCAGUGCAUCCCAAGGGCAAGAAGUGGUGCAAAAACAUCUCUCUGAUGGAAAUUCUGCUGUCUCUGUUCGAUCACUGAUCUGUCUACACCAGCAAGAUUUCAAUAGAGCACAACAUGGACAGGACUCAAAUUUUGCCUCUUUAUAUCAUGAUAUGGGUGCCUCUGAACGAACUGUAAAAUCACUAGAUGCUCAUACACAAGACUACUCCCUCCUUCAGCAGAUGAAGGUGAAGGGUGUAGAGCCUGAUCCUAGCAAACAGGUUGGAAAGAGGCUCAAAGGAGCAGAUUUAUAUUCUGAUGCUGUGCAGAUGGGGUGGACAAGAGGUCAGAGGUUUAUUUUUGGACAGAAUCCAGUUUUGAAAGAAGUGGAUGCAAGCAUCCAUCAUAGUUCAUUUCCUUCUGAUGUCAAAAUGCUGAGCUUUUCUUCAAAGGAAAAUGAAGACAAAAGUGCAAGCACAUGUUCUCAGAUCACUGGUAGAGAUUUUCCUUCUCAAGAUCUACUUGCCUCAAUACAGCAUGAUAUGCAGAAUCAUGCAAAAUCUCCUAUUAAAAGUUCCAAGUCAACAGUGAAUGAACAGCCACAGAUUAGUCCGCAAAUGGCUCCUUCCUGGUUUGUGCAGUAUGGGGCCUAUAAAGAUGGUCAAAUUCUAGCAAUGCGUGAUGGAUUCAGUAAUUCUCAAAGGACUGCAAAUAGUGCCACCUGCUUCUUUGCAAAGGUUUCUGAGAGCAUGCAUAACAGUACUCUGGUGGAACAAGGAUUUAAUUCCAGUAAGGUCGGUACCCUCCAGCAGAACGCAUCAUCCACCAUCAUAGCUACCACUGAUGAUUCACCUUCUCAUUCUCUACCUCUGGAUGCCAUUGAUAAUAAUGUGAUUCUAAUGCCAAAGAAGCGUAAAAGUUCAACUGUGGAACUGUUACCUUGGCACAAGGAGGUGAUGCAAGGUUCUAGAAGGCUGCAAACUAUCAGCACGGCGGAGUUAGAUUGGGCUCAGGUUGCCAAUAGGCUAAUUGAGAAGGUUGGAGAUGAAUUCAAGAUGAUGGAGGAUUGCUCAUCAAUUACUCAAUUGCGUAGAAGGCUUGUCUUGACAACUCUGCUUAUGCAACAACUCAUCCCCUCUGUACCAGCUAGAUUUCUUAAUGCAGAUGCAACUGCUUCUUAUGAAAGUCUUGCAUACUUCAUUGCUAAAUUAGCACUAGGAGAUGCAUGCAGCCUUAUCUCUUGCUCAGGAAAUGAUUCUCACAUGCUUUUGAGCAAUAGAAAAAUGAGAUCUGAAGAGCUUAAGUCCUCUGAGAAGUCAGGAGACUCUUUCUUUUCAGAAGUCAUAGGAAAUUUUAUUGGAAGAUUAGAAGAACUUGAAAGCAAUCUCUUGAGAUUGGAGAAGAGGUCCAUACUAGAUUUAAGAGUGGAAUGCCGGGAUUUGGAGAGGUGUUCCAUCAUCAAUCGUUUUGCAAAGUUCCAUGGUCGGGCUCAGGCAGACAGAGUUGGGAGCUCGUUGACCUCCGAAGAUGCACCUCACAGAGAAUUUCACCAGAUAAAGGUGCCAGCUUUUGCCAUGCCUGGAAAUUUUGCUGAGGGGGGCCUAUGUUUCUCUCUCUAGAUCAUUAACUAGUCGAUUGGUUUUUCCUUCAUCCUUGUGUUAUCAUCAAUCAUCUUUGGUGUUUUAUGCACAUCGUUCAUACACAAGUAAACACAAACAGUAGUGGGGAAGUAGUUGCAUCCACUAAAUAUUAUGAAGAAGCUGAUGCAACAAUCUAGGGGCGUUGGUUUUUUGAAAUCGAUUGCUGUGGGUGGUCUUUUCUCUGUUGUGCCUUGGGUAUAGGUUUUUGUAUGUUCAUGAAAGAGGAGGUUUGGCUUAUCCAUGUCAUUUUUCAAAUGGAAAGGCUUAUUAUUUGUUUAUAUGAGAAAUGGCUAUGAUGCUUGGGUUACUCA